AUGGCCCUUCUCGCCAGUGUCCUCGUCCUCGCCAGUGCUGCAAAUGCUCAGGUCGGCUCGAUGCUGUCACCUGCCUUCGAUAUCAACUUCCUGAAGACCUCUGCCGCUUCAAACCCCCUCGGCUGGCUUGGAGCCAACGGCCCUUAUGCAUCUGGCCCCAAUGUGUAUGGCAUCUCUUCGGAUGUGCCGGAGCAUUGCACUGUCGAUCAGGCCUUCUUCGUUUCCCGCCAUGCUUCUCGGUACCCCGACCCCGGUGCUUACAAUGGUUGGGUAGACAUGAAGAACCGUGUUAGUUGGUUUGGGCCCGUAUCUUUCCCGGUCUCCUUUUUAAUGUCUCUGCUGACGGGCCAGUUUUCGGCGGGUAAUGGAUAUAAUGCCACGGGAACGCUCUCCUUCCUGCCGUCUUGGAAGCCCGUGCUGACAAACUCCGGCCUUCAAAUGUCCAACCUCUCGCCAACGGGACAGAAGGAGGCUUUCGACAUGGCAUAUGCUCUGCGUACCAAAUAUCCUCAGUUGUAUAACGAGGGCGACGAUCUGUACGUCUGGGCCAACAACUACUCGCGGGUGUUGCAGACAGCCAAGCUGUUUGUCCGCGGCUUUCUUGGUGUCAACGCUACCAAUCUGGGCCACAUUGUGUCUGUCACGUCCUCCGGAAGCGUCGACGCUAUCGGUAACUCUCUCGGACCAUCCGACAGCUGCCCCAACUUUGUCGACGUGUCUGGCGGCAUGUAUUUUUCCAACUGGUCCAAUGUCUACAUCCCGCCAAUCCAAAAACGUCUCCAGUCGCUUAUUUCCGGCAACCUUACAUUCACUUCCGACGAUAUUUCCCAGAUACCAUAUCUCUGCGGAUUCGAGUCUCAGAUCACCGGCCGUCUCUCGCCGUGGUGCAAUGUCUUCUCUGACAAAGAGCUUCAGUACUAUCAAUAUUCCAACGAUCUCCGGUACUACUAUGGCGUGGGUCCUGGUACCAAGUUACCGGCGACAAUGAUGCUGCCAUAUCUGAAUGCGGUUAUGGGUUUAUUGAAAACAGGCCCUGGUGCUCUUCAUGGCACCGCAGCGGACGGCUCGGAUUUCACUGUACCCCAGCUCUUGGUCAGUUUUCUCAACGACGGCCAGCUGAAUGAACUAAUCACAGCAUCCGGCGUACACGAUGCACAAGCUGCACUAUCUGACUCGCAUAUGGAUCCGAAUCGCCUGUACAUUGGUAACCGAUUCACGACCAUGCGCGGCACCGUUGGCUUUGAGCGCCUCAACUGUGCUGUGCGGCCCAGCAGGAACAGCUCCAGCGAUCUCCUACCGCUGGCCCAGCGCACCUGUGGUGGCAACACGAAAGUGCCAUCCUUUCCCCCGUCAAUCACCAACCACACUUUUAUCCGUGUGCUUUUGAAUGACGCUGUCUACCCUGUUCCCGGAUGCCAAAACGGACCUGGCUACUCUUGUCUUCUGGACGACUAUGUCGAGUUCGUUGGCAGCAAGUACAACAAAUCCGGCAACUGGGCUGAAAACUGUGGCGUGACAGCUCCUGGCGCUCCAAAGGUUGUUGCUGGUGCGACCUUCUACACGAAGCUGGGCGGUGACUUUUUGCAGGUUAUUUCGCCCUAG